AUGGCGCGGCCGAGCUCCGUCCCGCUGCUGGAUUCGCCCCUCCCCGCCCCGUCCAUCUCGGUGGCCCCGCCCCGGCCGCACUUCCUGGUCGGCGAUCACGUGUCCGUCACGUGCUCGGCGCCGCCGGGCCCGGCGCGCGUGCGCGCUUUCCGCUUCUGGGGCGCCUCGGGCUGGGCCAGCGAGGCGCGCACGACGCGCCGGGCGCACACGAUCAACGUCACCGUCAGCGGCCCGCGCGACGGCGGCGUGCACGCAUGCGCGUACAGCGCGCGGCGGCGGGACGGCAGCGAGGCGGUGUCGGAGCCCAGCGCGGGCGUGCUCAUCCGCGUGCAGGACCGCCCCGCCCAGCCCAACCUGACGGUGUCGCCGUCGCGCCGCACCGUGAUUGGCCAGCCCCUCCUCUUCCUGUGCGCGGCCCCGCCCGGCCCCGCCCCCCCGCGGCGCCACUUCCGCUUCCUGCGCGACGACCGCGAGCUCGACGGCGACGGGGAGCCGGAAGGUUCCGGAAGCGCCCGGAUGAGGGUGGAGAGGAGCGGCCGGAACGACACCGGGAACUUCAGCUGCCGCUACGAGGAGAUGGCCGAGGGGCGCUGGGUCGGCUCCUACGCCAGCGAGGCCGUGGCCGUGGUGGUGGAAGAGCCGUCCCCGCCCCCGGUGCUGUGGGUGGAGCCUCGCUCGGGCGUGGUCGGGGCGGGGCAGCGCCUGCGCCUGAUUUGCUCCGCCCACCGACGUCACUUCCGGCGCCGCUUCCGCUUCUUCCGCGACGGCGCCGAGCUGCGCGAUGACCUCAUCGCUGACGUCACCGGUGACGUCAUCGAGGACGGGUCGCAGGUGGUGCUGGAGCGGAUUUUGCCGGAAUUUUCCGGGAAUUUCAGCUGCCGGCUGGAGGAGGAGGUGGGCGGGGCCUGGGUGGAGGCUCCGCCCAGUGAAGGCGUGGCCGUGCUGGUCGUGGCCGACUUCGACUUCCUCCCAUUGGUCAUCGGCGGCGUGGUGGGCGUGGCCUCGCUGCUCCUGGCGAUCCUAUUGGCUGCCUGGCUGUGCCGCAGGAGGAGGGGCGGUUCCCGCUGGCGGGGGCUGAACCCCGGUGACGACACCGGGACCCUGCGCAUGGGCGACCUCGAGGUGGCCGCCUGACGCCGGCCACGCCCACCAAGAUGGCCGCCGGUGCGCCUGGACCACGCCCACAAGAUGGCCGACAACAUGGAGACCGCACUCCCUAAAUGCUGCCCAGACCACGCCCACAAGAUGGCCGACAGUGUGGUGACAAACCCAUAAUGACGCAGAGGCCACGCCCCCAAGAUGGCUGAAAAUUCAAAGACCACGCCCCCAAGGUGGCCGACAACUCACAGGCCACGCCCCCAAGAUGGCUGACAACCCACAGGCCACGCCCUAAAAUAAAGCUGAGGUCAUGCCA